GGUUAGUAGUUCCAUCCCCCGAAACAGCCAGACGAUGGCAGCGGUGGAGCAGCAGGACGCGAGCGCGCGGUACUUUGCCCGGCCGAAGAAGAUACCGCUCCCGACCAACUACCGGAACGCGAGCAAGUACGUCCGGCUGGCGAUCGAGGAGCAGCGCAACGUGCAGGAGCUGCUCGACCAGGACCGGCACUUCCGGGUGGGCCGCACAAUGGUCGGCCGGGCGCUGAGCAACUGGCCCAAAAUCGAGGCCGUCUAUGCGAGCCUCGACCUGGCGGCGAAGGAGCCGAAGCUGAACCCGUGGCUGGCGAAGGUGCUGAUCAGCGAGCUGCUGUUCGGGAGCGGCCGGCUGGUCGGCAACUCGCUGCCGGUCGAGUGCGUGCAGCAGUACGAGCAGCAGCUGCACGGCGCCCUGCAGGAGCUGCUGGAGAAGAUGCCUGCCGCGGGCCACGUCAAAGAGCCACGGUUCGUGCGCAUCAACACGAACGUGCUGGACCUGGAGGGCGCGAAGCGCCUGCUGGCCGAGGAGCAGUGGAUGCUGGUGGAGGAGCGCUUCGCCGACUACGCUGCGUUUAUCGAGCGCGUCAAAACGCUCGCCGACGCGGAGUACAUGGAGGACUUUCACUUUCCCGAUCUGCUGGUGUUCCCGAACAGCGCCAAAUCGUUCUGGUCGCGGGCCACGCACCUGCACGACCAGUUCCUGCUGCAGAACAAGGCCUGUCUGCUGCCGACCUACCUGCUCAAGCCGAGCAAAAAGUCCGUCGUGCUGGACAUGUGCGCGGCGCCCGGGCUGAAGACGACGCAUCUCGCCUGCCUGAUGAAGAACCGGGGCCGCAUCUACGCGGUGGAGCGCAACGAGAAUCGAUACCAGACGCUGUGCCAGUACGCCAAGGCGUUCGGCGUGAUCAAGACGAUCCACAGCGACUGUCUCGACCUGACCGACGACCAGGUGCCGGGCGUCGAGUUCGUCCUGGUCGAUCCGAGCUGCUCCGGGUCGGGCAUGCUGCAGCGCCAGAUCGUGCCGGAACCGGUCGACCAGGAGCGGCUGUUCAAGCUCGCCGGCCUGCAGUACAAGCUGGUGUCGCACGCGAUGAACGCGUUCCCGGGCGUGCGCCGCAUCGUCUACUCCACCUGCUCGCUGCACGAGGAGGAGAACGAGCGGGUGGUGCAGGGCGUGCUGCGGCACAACGGCCACUUCCGGCUGCUGGACGCGCGCAAGGAGCUCGGCAAGCCGUGGCCGAACGUCGGCUCGCCCGACUACCCGGACGUCGGCGAGCGCUGCCUGUACGCGAAGACGGUCGACGAUCUGACGAUCGGCAUGUUCGUCGCCGUGUUCGAACGGUGCCCGGAGGGGGUGCAGAACGAGGUGUAUCUCGCGCACGAGAAGCAGAAGGAAAGCUACGAGCGGAUGCACUGGUACAGCGACAAGGCGAAAAAGGCGCUCGCCGAGGCAAAGGCCAAACACCAGCGCACGUACUGGGCAAGUGAGCGGGGGGAUGGAGAACCUAACUGGCGUGCAGAGGCGAAUGCAGGGGUGGUGGCGGUGCAGCAUAACGCUGCCAAAACAUCCACAACGAAAUUGAAGGUUCCAGAGCGGAGCGUGCAGGAGGAAGGAGUACAGGAGGCGAAUGGGCUGGAAAAUGUACAAGCAGAGAUGAAUGGUGAAAGCAAGACAAAGAAAAAACGGACAAAGAAAGAGAAGGAAGAGGAGGAAAAUGGGCAGGAAAAUGUAGAAGCGGAGGUGAAUGAUGAAAGCAAGACGAAGAAGAAACGGAUAAAGAAAGAGAAGGUAGAGGAGGAAAAUGGGCUGGAAAAUGUAGAAGUAGAGGUGUAUGGUGAAACGAAGACGAAGAAGAAAAUGAUAAAGAAAGAGAAGGAAGAGAAGGCGAACGAGCAGGAAGAUGUUGAAGUAGUGGUGGAAGUUGAAGGCAAAGUGGAGAAAAAACGGAUAAAGAAAGAGAAGGUAGAGGAGGAAAAUGGGCUGGAAAAUGUAGAAGCAGAGGUGAAUUGUGGAACCAAGACGAAGAAAAAACGGACAAAGAAAGAGAAGGAAGAGAAAACUAACGAGCAGGAAGAUGUUGAAGUAGCGGUGGAAGUUGAAGGCAAAGUGGAGAAAAAACGGAUAAAGAAAGAGAAGGUAAAGGAGGACAAUGGCCAGCCUGACGGGGAGAUAGCAGAAUACCAUGUGCAGCGAAAUGUUGAACUGGACGUUGAAAUUAAAUCAGAGAAAAAGCGAAAGAAGAAAGAGAAGCUUCAGGAACAGGAUGGGCAGCAUGAGGUAGAGGAACUAGUAGAGCAGGAGGCGAAAGAAGAACUCACAGAAGCAGCAACAGCAAAAAAGCACAAAAAGAGCAAGAAAAGGAAUACUACCGAAGGAGAGGAGCCAACGGUGCCGCAGGAAGGUACGGAGACGACGGAAAAGGUUAAAUCCAAGAAGCGGAAGAAGGUAGAGCAGUGAGUGAAGUCAAUUCAUCCAAUGAGUUGACAAUUGUUUCGUACAGGACUCUCUCACUCUAUCUUCAUUUCUAUCUUAUGUUCACAGUGAAGGAACUUUUGCGAAACCAAUCGGCUUUUGGUUUUUCUAUACAAAUAAAACACGUUUGCCAACA